GGUUUGUUAGCGCGACUUGUGUUGGAGCUAAUCCUGCAGCAGCUGUCAGAGCUCGGCUGGUGGUGGAAGCAAAGCACGGCGAACAGAAACAAGAUCUGGGAGAGUCCUAAGCACUCAUCGGUGCAUCAUGUCAGCAUUAAGUGGGAAGGUCCAGACCGUCCUGGGCCUCGUCGAUCCAGACCAACUGGGACGCACCAUGACUCAUGAGCACCUGGUCAUGGGCUUUGAGUGCAGCUACACCCCACCUCCACCUGGUGACGAGGCGGUGGCAGAGAACCCGUUCCAGAUGCAGCACAUGCACUGGCUCAGGCAGAACCCCUACAGCUGCAGAGAAAACCUGUUCCUGUCGCAGGAGCUGAGCGCCCUACGGGACGAGUUGCUGGCUUACAGAAAGGCAGGCGGGGGCACGAUAGUGGAGAACACCACAACAGGCAUCGACCGGGACCUGCCUGCCCUCAGACAGCUGGCCAAGGAGACAGGGGUCCACAUCAUUGCAGGGGCAGGGUACUACAUAGACAGCACCCACACUGAGGCCACCAGGAAAAUUAGUGUGGAGAAGCUCACAGACAGCAUCGUCAGCGAGGUGCUCCACGGCGCUGAUGGCACAGACAUCCGAUGCGGUGUGAUCGGUGAGAUUGGCACCUGCUGGCCGAUCACAGAGAGCGAGAAGAAGGUGCUGAGGGCCACGGCCAACGCUCAGGCUCAGCUGGGCUGCCCUGUUAUCAUCCAUCCCGGCAGGGAUCCUGCCGCUCCUGCUGAAGUUGUUCGGAUUCUCCAGGAAUCUGGCGGUGACAUAAAUAAGACGGUCAUGUCUCACCUGGACAGGACAAUAUUUGAUGAAGGCGAGCUGCUUGAGUUUGCAAACAUGGGGAGUUACCUGGAGUAUGACCUUUUUGGAACAGAGAUGCUGAACUACCCAUUUAACCUGAAGGUGGACAUGCCCAGCGACAGCCAGAGAGUGAAAACCUUGGCUUUUCUGGUGAAGGAAGGCUAUGAAGACAAAAUAUUGGUGGCCCACGACAUCCACACCAAGAACCGUCUGACCAAGUUUGGCGGCCACGGCUACUCCCACAUCCUCAAGAACAUUGUACCGAAGAUGCUGACAAGGGGCAUCGCACAGCACCAGGUGGACAAAAUCCUCAUCGACAACCCCAAACGCUGGCUGACCUUCAAAUAAGACACAAAAAAAGUAAACAAAGCUGGUUUGACAGAGCUGUGAUUUUAUUUUUAGCAGCACAGAAUGAAAUAUGAGAUCUUUAGGAUAAUCGUACUCAUUGUUUUGAACCCUUAAUGGUUAUAUGUUAAUAAAUCUCAUGUUUGGAUUUUUUUACUUAAUAAUCAUAGGCUGCAAUUUCUGCAGUUGAAAAAGAUCAGCGUAUUCUUUAAAAAUUAAAACUAGAAAUCUACCAGUGAAUGGAAAAAUUUUCCCUUGAUUGAUGCCAUUCAGUCAGCAGCAUUAACAGCUCCUUUCAUAUCAGUCUGUUAUAGU